CCGAGAAGUCCAGUAUCCCGGAACAUUCCAUUCGUCCUUGUCUUCCCACAGCCAACUGCCCGAUAUCUCAAACACAUCCCAACAUGGCUGCUGCCGAGGGCUCCACGCCACAACCUGAAGUGAUGUCAAUCGCCUCACCCAUCAACCUCAUCCUCCUCUCCCUCUUUGUCGUGCUGGUGUACUGGCACUUCCGCCCUAAGCAACCUGUCACACUCCCCCGUGGCCCGCCCCCGGUCGUAUUCCGCACAUACACCCCGAAGACGCUUCUCGAGUUCAACGGCGUGGACGGCCGGCCUGUCUUCCUCGCCGUGCGCGGUCGGGUCUUCGAUGUGUCCCCUGGCAGGAACUUCUACGGUCCGGGCGGUCCGUACGAGAACUUUGCUGGUCGCGAUGCCUCGCGUGGCCUGGCACACCAGAGCUUUGACGAGGAGAUGUUGACUAAGGAUCUUUCCGGCCCUUUGGAUGACUUGAAGGAUUUGGAUGCCGACCAACUUGAGAACUUGCAGUCGUGGGAGGAGCGCUUCUCGGAGAAGUACCUGGUGGUUGGAAAGUUGGUCGCUGAGGGAGACCCUGAGGCUCCCAAGUCAUGAUCUACAGUAUAUUACUGUUGGAUGAUUGUGAUGAUCAGAACAAGGCCACCAAAAAAUGAUGUGAUGGAAUCGGCUAUUUGUGCGGAGCCCUUCCGCUUUGCAUAAAACCAGACUUGAGCUAUUUCCAGAGUCUGGGGGUUUCGGAAUAUACUCGGAUCACGUUAAGGCAUUUUAGUGCAUUCCCAAUUCUAACAUUGGUCUAAUAAUAUCCUACAAGGCUGUAGAAUGUACUUUCAGGCACCAAUCCAGGGC